CCUAUAUAGCGUAUUUAAUACAUACAGUGUGUGUAUUUGAUCCACAAUAACCACUGAACAGUUAGAGCUAGAUUUAAGAUGAAUAACAUGGUUAAGGUUUGAGAUUUUCUAGCUAAACAGCUUAUGGUAAUCAAACGCAAUGAAUCACACGAGGAACAUAAAAGAGAUGCUGAGCCUCACAGCUGGCAGCAGACAUGGGGCUACCAGCGGCUACUCCAGUUUCACAGACUCUCAGCUUUUCUUUGGGUCUCAGUUUUGGCCUGACAAUUCUCAAGGCAUGUCCCAAGAUAUGAGCUUGUCAUCGAGGACGUCCCAACAAAGUUCACAAGAGGGAAGUGACCCAAAGUUUGCAAGCAGUUAUCACACUAAACCUUUCCUGUUUGGAGAAUUAAAGGACAAGAGCAAAGCUUUUGGACUACUGGAUAAAUUUGAAGAGGACAAGAAAAGGGCAAAAGAAAAAACUGACAGUGAUAUUUUAGCAAAAGAAUUUAAUCAUUUUCGAGAAGCACUCAACAAUAUCCAACAACUUGUCGCUGGCACAGAGAGAAACACUGCCGUGUGCCAAACGGUCAUUAAAAAAUUUGACAACUUUGCAUCAACAUUGCAAAAUAAUUUCAGCAGCCUUCAGAGUGACAUUUCACAGCAGUUUGAGACUUUACUGAAUAAAGUGAACUCCCAGAAAGACAUGAUAACUGAAUUGGAGGAGACUGCACAAAAGCGUGGGGACACCACAGCAGAACUCGGUUCAACUCUGCAAAGCUUAACGAAUAGUAUGGAGAGUCUGAGAGAGGAGCAGGAGAGAGAACGAAACGUGCUUGAAGAGGCUCUAAAGCUGCUCAGCGCCUUAGUCUCAGAGCACUCAGCCACACGCAGCCCCGAGGGAGUAACGGACAAUGCCGUCCAGACGUCACCAGAGCUGGAGCAGCUGUUCUCCACCAUCCUGCAAGAUAACAAGCUGGAGGGCACGCAGGUUACACGCAAGUCAUACAGCACUCAACACAAUGAGGCUGAAGUUCCCCCUCAGCAUCCCAGCUACAUCAUAGGAAAGAGGAAAUUCACUUCGAGAGGACAUAAAAAGCGCAAAAAGAGACCGUUGGUGCUCUCUCAAAGGAGUAAGUGCACUGUCACGAAUGAAAACCGUGACCCUCUCAUGAACUGUGACAAACAAGAAAAUGUUUCAACACCUCUCUAUGAGCGUCGUGAUGCGAACAUGUUAACCAGCCAGGAGAGUCUCAACCCAGACUGUCUAAAUAUGCCAAAAAGGGAGAUGAGAUCCAUAGCUGAAGGGAGUUUCAUCACCCCUCUCAGCUGCUGGUCCCAGGACAGCAACAGCUCCGCGUGCCUCGUAGGAAUCGAACCCAUCUCAGAGAAGAUCUCAUCGGAGUCCAAGAGGAGGACCCCAGUGAAACCUGAAGGCCUCUGGCAGUUGUUUGACAAGGAUGGGGAUUUUGAUUUAGACCUUUAG